AUGGCCAAUGCAAGCUUCGAUCUCGACGAAGCUCUGUCUCUUUCCCUGAGUAUUCUCCAUCAAAGUUUCCACUUCGACCAAGCUCUAAGCCGUGACGAUCAAGUAACAACGCCACCAAUCUCCGAGCAAGCACCGAUGAAUGAUCAUCAUAUGCCACCGGUGGCAGUAACCAUACAUGAUGAUGAAGUUUGCAUUGUUUGCAUGGAAAUUUUUGAAUCGAGUAGUGGGAUUACAAGCGGCAAACAAAUCACAUGCGGCCAUGUGUACCAUGCAGCUUGUAUCUCUUCCUGGCUCUCUUACAGUAAUUGUUGUCCUUUAUGCCGUCGCACCGUCUCCGGCUCCGGCUCCGAAUGA